UGCAGACACGCGCUCGGUGACCGAGUCACUGAGUCAGCAAAUCCUCAGAAAAUCUGGAUUGACAACACAUACAACACGAAAAAAAUGUUUUGGAUAUUUCGUGGGGACUAAGGACAUCAACCAUAUAUGCAACAUAAAGUGCACUAGUAGCGUUGGCAUUGUUAAAAAAAUAAAAUAAAUAACCCGGUCAGAGGUGGAAAUAGGAGAGUUGGGCGCCAUCUGGUGGUUAAUACGCGAAACAACAACCGAGAACAAAUAUUACGUUUUUUUUUUAAAAAACAAAAAACGACCGGAGAAAGAAAUAUUGUGAAUUACAGUGGUGAUAGUCAAAUCUAAAAUAAUUUAAAAAAUAAAAUACUUCAAAUGAAUCAGCCUAGAAAGCGAUUGGUUCCUAUAUUAAGUGGGCGUGGCUUACCGUGGUCUGGCUUGAGGUCCAGACCGAAUCUCCUGCAUUACAUUUAAGGAAAAACAAAAAAAAAAUAAUAGUGCAUUUGUAAAACGAGUAAUUUACUGAACGAUAACGUCAUUUGAACAGCCGAAGAGUCAUACUUGUUUUUACAUGCGUGUGUGUGUGUGUGCGCGCGCGUGUGUGUGUAUGUACGUACUAUGGCAGAUUACCGGCAGCUUUUUUUGCAGAUGUUGUCAACAAGCUGCUAAAAUAUGGACGCGAUGGAUUUGAAGGCAGCCACGUCGAACAUGGACGCUCUGGUCCGCAUCAGCUCCAACAUGAAGAGCCUGGAGCACGAGCUGCACUGCCCCGUGUGCAAGGACAUCGUCAAGCAGCCCGUGGUGCUGCCGUGCCUCCACAGCGUGUGCCUCAUGUGCGCCUGCGAGGUCCUGGUGGCCAGCGGGUACCCGCAUCCGGACCUCCCCGCCGAGCCCAACUCCCCGGCCUCCACGCCCAACACGCGCUCCCCCCGACAGCUGCGCAGGCCCACGCCCAAAGCCGAGCAGCGGCCCAUCGACAGGGUGCUCCGGGCGGGUCCCCACUCGCCUUCUCCGUCCACGCCCCGCUCGCCGGGAUACCCGGGGCGGCGGCGCAAGGAGGGCCCGCCCCUUGCCAUGAUGUUCACCUGCGUGCCCUGCGGCCGUGACGUGGAGCUGGGCGAGAAAGGCCUCACCGACUGCUUGCGGAACCUCACCCUGGAGCGCAUCGUGGAGAGGUACCGGCACACGGUGAGCCUGGGCAGCGUGGCCAUCAUGUGCCAGUUCUGCAAGCCCCCGCAGGCCCUGGAGGCCACCAAGGGCUGCGGCGACUGCAGGGCCAACUUCUGUAACGAGUGCUUCAAGCUCUACCACCCGUGGGGGACGCCGCGGGCGCAGCACGAGCACAUCCUGCCCACGCUCAACUUUAGACCCAAGGUUUUGACUUGCACGGAGCACGACCAGGAGAAACUGCAGUUCUACUGCAGGUCCUGUCAGCGGCUGCUUUGUCCGCUCUGCAAACUGCGUCGCACGCACACGGGACACAAGAUCCUGCCCGUGGCUCAAGCCUACCAAGCCCUCAAGGAGAAGAUUACAAAAGAGAUGAACUACAUUCUGUCCAACCAGGACACGGUGCUGGCUCAGAUUACGCAACUGGAGAGCGCCAUCACUCAGACUGAGGUGAACAGCGUGUCGGCCCGCGAGCAGCUGGCCCAGAGCAUCAGGGACCUGACGGCGGCGCUGGCCGAGCGCCAUUCCUCGCUCACCCAGGCGCUGGAGGCGACGCGGCACAAGCGCGGCGAGGCGCUGGCCGCUCAAGUGGCGGAGCGGCGGAGCUUGAUGGAGCACGCCGGCCUCGUCGCCUUCUCGCAGGAGCUGCUGAAGGAGACGGACCAGCCCUGCUUUGUGCAGGCCGCUCGCCAGACGCAUAACAGGUUCAGCAAAGCGAUUGAGAACCUUCAGCAUUUUGCUCUGGCCGCUGAUCCGUCCUUCAGGCAUUUCCAGCUGGAGGUAUCCAAAGAACUCAAACUGCUCACGGAGCUGAAUUUUAUCCAAGCUCCUUUGGCCCCAGUCCUCGACACCCAGCACUCCCUGGCCUACGACCAGCUCUACCUGAGCUGGCGUCUGCCCCCGGAAUCGGCGCCCGCCUGGCACUACUCGGUGGAGUACCGCCGCCGGGGUGUGGUGCCGGGGGGGGCGUCCCGGGGCGGCAACAGGGGCGGUCUGGCCGCCGCCCGCUGGGGCUGGCAGAGACUGGACGAGGUGAGCGCAACGAGCGCCGUCAUCGACAGGCUGGAGAUGGACAGCGUGUACGUGCUGCGGGUGAGGGGCUGCAACAAGGCGGGCUACGGCGAGUACAGCGAGGAGGUUUACCUGCACACCCCACCGGCACCAGUGCUUAACUUCUACCUGGACUCUCGCUGGGGUCUCCACGCCGACCGCCUGGUGGUCAGCAAGGAGCAAAGAGCGGCCCGCAGCGUCCCCGGCCUCUCCCUGCUGCAGGCCGCCGACCACGCGCUCACUUCCUGUCACCUGACGUCGGACCUCCUGGUGGGAGACGUGGCCAUCACGCAGGGGAGACAUUACUGGGCGUGCUCGGUGGAGCCCGGCUCUUACCUCGUCAAGGUCGGUGUUGGACUAGAGUCCAAACUGCAGGAGUGGUUUCAUCUACCAGAAGACAUGGCCAGUCCCCGGUACGACCCGGACAGCGGCCACGACAGCGGUGCGGAGGACGGCGUGGACUGUGCCCCGCCCUUCUGCUUCCUCACCAUGGGCAUGGGGAAGCUCUACCUGCCCCAGCACAGCUACCACCACCACCACCACCACCACAACGGCCAACGCUCGGACCCCAACGGCAACGCUCCGUCCCCGCCGGUUGGCCUGACCUACCCGCUGCCCCCCCGGCUGGGCGUGUGCCUCGACUUCGAGAAAGGCCGCGUGGCGUUCUACGACGCCCACUCCCUGCGCCCCCUGUGGGAGGGUCACGUGGACUGCUCGGGCCCGGUGUGCCCGGCCUUCUGCUUCAUCGGAGGGGGAGCCCUGCAUCUCCAGGAGCUGGUGGCCAACCGCGGGGCCGACCGGACGCCCGUGAGGAGGGUGACCAUCCAACCGCGUGGUGGCUCCAAUUUAAACAUCAACUGAUUACAAUUUAGAAUGUUCAGUAAUUUGCGUUUAGAGCAUUUCUACGGCAACAAAUAUGCAAUGUAAUUAAGUUUCUUACGUUUUUAUUUGCAAGAAUCACCGCUUUCGUCGUCUUUGCUAUACCCGACACCAGAUGUAAUUAUAUACACUGCUUAAUGGAUGUAUUGGACCACCACCCGUAUCAGCUUUAGGCACAAAAUUAAAAAAAUUCAAUACUGAUCAAUUUGGUUCAGGAGCGCCCCCCGGAAUUAUUUGAAAAUUCAGCCCCUGAAGCCAGUUUCACUUGGCAACAUGAAAUUUGGUGGACAUGUCCAUCAUGAGUAGACCCACAAAAAAGUCUCAAGGAACCAUGCACGGAAAGACACAGGAAGUCUGCCAUUUUGGUUUGAAGCGGCCAUGUUAGUCCCAUUUUUACCAUUUCAAAAACAGGUCUAAUAGAUGCGUUAAGCACUGUACUGUACAUUUGAUGCCUGCACAUUUAUUUACAGAGCUAACGUUGUUUUAGCGUCAAACUGACCAUUUCAUGCCCUUAAGUGUCGAAUUUGCGUGCUUUACGUAAGUAAACGUAGACCUAUGGCGUCGAGAACUGCACUCUGAUGCCAAGUUAUUGUUUUAAUGUGGUCAAUUAGCGGUAGGGAGGAACAACAAGAGGCAGUAGGCUGUCAUUAGAAGCUGCAAUUAUACCUCUGGCACUCAGCUAAAAGCGCUAGUUUCGACGCUCGCGUUUGUACGUUGUGUAAUUCAAACACAUGAUGAGCCCCAUGCCAUUUGCACCCCUCUGCACAUGGAUGUAUGCGUGUGUGUGUGUGCGCCUGACAGCAACAUGUACCAACAGUCGGCCAGCAGUGAAAAGUUGUUUUUAAACUCGCUUUUUUUUUUUUUUUUUUUUUUAACUCGCUUGAUUGUAACGUUAGCGAGUGU